AGAAGCCUCAUAGCAUUGCAUGGUCAAUCAAGCCUCUACUGAACCCUAGCUUGUACGUACUACUGUGCUUGCACCAUUGUUGAUCAUCCUUCUCUCCAUCUCCUUUUAACUUUCACCCAUAAACUUAGAGACCUCCCUUCUCUUGUACUUCCUGAAUUUCUUUCGCCUAUGGAGAGGAAUAGUCAGCUGCACCGCCAAGUUGCUCUCAUGAGGCAAUCCCUCUUUGAUCAGGGAUAUCUUGAUGAACAAUUUGUUCAAUUGGAGGAGCUGCAAGACGAUGCCAACCCUAACUUUGUCGAGGAAGUCGUGACAUUGUAUUACCGUGAUUCAGCUCGACUAAUCGCCAGCAUUGAGCAGGCAUUGGACAAGAGCCCUCUUGAUUUCAACAAGUUGGAUAGCUACAUGCAUCAGUUCAAAGGAAGCAGCUCAAGCAUUGGAGGAAGAAAAGUCAAAGCUGAGUGCGCCCAGUUUAGGGAAUACUGCAGGGCAGGAAAUGGAGAAGGAUGUAUUAGGACCUUCCAGCAAGUGAAGAGGGAAUAUGCGACAUUGAGGAAGAAACUUGAGACCUACUUUCAGUUGGCAAGACAGGCAGGGCCCAGAGAUUCAGCUUCUCGCUCCACAUAGAAAAACGAGAUUCUGCUCAUAAUAGCUUUUGCUAGGGACUUACCUUUUGAAAAAUAACCUGCUGAAAAUAGUAAGCAAUGGCUCGUGAAGGCUGCAAUGUAUGAGAGUGAGUGAGUGAGUGAGUGACUGGCGAGCGGGUGCCUGCUUGUUCCAGAAAACUCAGAAGAAGAUCUUACUGGGGUUUCUAUGCUUUUCCAAGUUUUCAGGAGUGACUUUCUAAUCUUCAGUUUAGUGACUUGUAAUAUACAUAUAUGAGAAAAAGAUAGUGGCUCUUUCUUGAAUA